AUGGCAGCCUUGCAAGUAUGGCCAAAAACAUUCAUGAAGACACAGAUCAAUCCUCACAUUCAAUUGACAUGCCUUUUGUGGUUCCACCUGUUGGGUGAAGAAUCAUUCUCCCUUAGCCAUACUGGCAGGGAGUUUGAGGCAUAUACAGAGCUUCACGAGGCCUUUAAUGCCAAAAGCAUCCAUGCAGAGGUCAAGAAGCUUUGCCACAUACAUUGUGAUUCCGUAAAGGCUGAAAACAUCCAGAACCAUGGGAUGGAAAGUCUACUGUCUGGAUUACCUCAAGCUGAUGAUGCAGAUCCUGAUGAUCCCUGGAUAGAUGAUCAUGAAGCAGCUGACCCGACACAGCAUCAGAAUGUAUGCGUUGACCACUUGCAUAACAUGGCUCACAAAGCUCAAAGAAAAAUUACUAUUUUCUGCAAAUAUGGCAUCUUUGUGGCUGUCUGCCAUCAUGAAUUUUUGCUUUCAAUCUGUGAUAUGGUUUGUUCUUGCAAACUCCAUUUGAUGGAGGUCUUGCAAGAGCCAUUUCUAUAUGGCUAUAAUAUCCACUGUGCACUUAGCAAGGCUCUUCUCCACUCCUCCUUGGACCCCAUGGUGAAGAAGCUCAGCAUGGAUGGGGUUGUCCCCAUAUUUCAUGGCCAUGCUCAUAACCAGCUUUGUCAAGUGCAGUACCAUUCAAACACAGAGUUUCAUCGGCAUCAAGCACUUGAUGAGUACUUCAAGUUCUCUGAUAUUGAUAAAUAUGCAUUGUUGAAUUUAGCUGACAAACACCAGUAUUUUCAGCAACUCAGUAGUAAAACAAAUGAAGAUAGCAUUGAGAUGGAGCAUGUCAAAGCUUUGAGUGAAUUGGAUGAAGCUGAGUAUAAAUUUGCAAAAGUACAAAGCAAUUGUACAAAUGCGCAAAAGAAGCUUGAGCUCGAGUUGGAGGUUGUUCAGGCCUUCAAGGCUAGACUCAGAGUUGAGGAAAGAUGUACUGUGGCACAUCCUGGGCGUCAAAAGGCACAAUCUUGCCUUGUCCACCACCGCUUUUAUAAAGCUGUUAAGAAUAUUGAGCAGUUAGUGGUUAUGCAGCUAUUGGAACUUACAGAGCUCAAAAUGAGUGGCUUGGGCUACAAACUACGGACACAGAAUUCCAAGGCUCUGAAAACUUGCACAGCUGCUAUAAAAAAUGCCAUAGAACACUAUAACAAGUAUGCCGCUGAGUUUGAUCCUCUGAAGGCCCUAUUAAUAUGGGAUUAA